AUCAUACUUGUUCACCUUUUACCGAAAAUUUAUAUAUGUGCAUACUUGUAGACUGUGCCCGAAUUUUGUCUUUAUUUAUUCAUUUAUGUAAUAAUUUGCUCAUUUUGUUGGGUUGCUUGAAAAUUAAAAUAAACUUGAAUCUUAACAUCAUCAUUCAAUAGAGAGAAAAGAGAAAGAGAAGAAAUCCGUGAUCUCCAUUUUCUUCCUUAGCACCUAACAAAACAACCAAUCUAACUUGCAAGAAACCCUAGCCCUCUCUCUCUCUCUCUUUUUAAUCCCACUGAACUUCUUCACAACUUUGGGAUUUGAAUUAACGAGAGCCAACAAAACUGGAGAAAGGUUUUGGAACUUUCUGAUCCGGGUUUUGCAUCUUUCCAUCAUCGCCACCAUUUACUUCCAUUAUAUGUUACUUUCACUUUAUUUUAUUUUAUAUGCAUCUUAGGGUAGUUAGUUUUAAUACUAGCUUCCAUGCCAAUCAUCACCAAACCAGGUAAAGCCAAGAUCUUCAACGACCCAUUGCCGAGAAGAGUCUCAAAACCCAGACUCUAGCCAGACCCAGUUAUCAGAAUCGCUUCUUUCUCUUAAACAAGACACGCCCAUAUUGUAUCAUAUGCCCCAACACCAAAUUAGAGAGAACAGUAGUGGGUAUGGGAGCUGAGAGGAAAUGGCUUUUCACUCUAUUCAGUGCAGUAUUCCUAUCUCUCAUGCUUCUUUUGAUGUCCUCUUUCUCUGCCUUUAGUACCCCAAAGGUUUUCCCUUCACUUGUUCAUCACGGUUCUCACUACCCUCCAGCUUUUGCAUACUUUAUCUCUGGUGGUAACCAAGACAAAGACCGGAUCUUGCGUUUGUUGUUGGCAGUUUACCAUCCUAGGAAUAGGUACCUCCUCCAUCUUGGGAGGGAUGCCAGGGAUGAGGAGAGGCAGGCUCUGGUUGCUGCCGUGAGGGCGGUGCCGGUGAUUCGCACUUUCGGGAAUGUGGAUGUGGUUGGCAAGGCUGAUUAUGUCACCUACUUGGGAUCCUCCAAUGUUGCCAUCACUCUCCGGGCUGCCGCCAUUAUGCUCAAAUUGGAUAGUGGGUGGAAUUGGUUCAUCACCUUGAGUGCACGGGAUUAUCCUCUCAUAACUCAGGAUGAUCUGUCCCAUGUUUUCUCUUCUGUUAGUAGAGACCUCAAUUUCAUUGAUCACACUGGUGACCUUGGAUGGAAAGAGAGUGAUAGGUUCCAGCCAAUUGUAGUUGACCCGGGACUAUAUUUAGCAAGGAAAAGUCAAAUUUUUCAAGCUACAGAAAAGAGGCCAACGCCUGACGCGUUCAAACUCUUUACAGGUUCACCAUGGGUCAUCUUGAGCCGGCCCUUUCUGGAGUUCUGCAUUUUUGGUUGGGACAAUUUACCUCGGACCCUACUGAUGUAUUUUACAAAUGUGAAAUUAUCUCAAGAAGGGUAUUUUCACUCAGUUGUUUGCAAUGUGCCAGAAUUUAAGAACACGACAGUAAAUGGUGACUUACGAUAUAUGAUCUGGGACAAUCCUCCAAAGAUGGAACCUCACUUCCUUAACGCCUCUGUUUACAAUCAGAUGGCAGAAAGUGGGGCUGCUUUUGCUAGACAGUUUCAACUUAAUAAUCCUGUGCUGGACAUGAUUGAUGAAAAGAUCCUCCAACGUGGUCGCCAUCGAGUUACUCCAGGAGCGUGGUGCACCGGACGGAGGAGCUGGUGGGUGGAUCCAUGCUCCCAAUGGGGUGAUGUCAACACUGUGAAACCAGGUCCUCAGGCUAAGAAGCUUGAAGGGUCUGUUUCUAACCUUCUUGAUGACCAGAACUCACAGACCAAUCAGUGCCAGUGAAUAUACACGAGAAUAAAAGCAUUUUAGGAAGUUGUGCAAUCUAAGCACCACGAUUCAUCGACCAGUAGAAGUUGCCUUUUGCUGAAAUCACAUUCUUUGGUAACCAAAAUGUAAUAUCAAUCUUGGAGUCAUAGCAGUGUUUGUGAGUGUUGAUAGCCACACAUCAGAGUUGCAGUGGGGAAGGGGAUAUAUAUUUAAGCUUUGAAGGCUUGAUAUUUGUAGUGGAUCCUCCAAUACCUUCAAUCAGUGGGAGGAUAUUCCCUCCUGCUUCCAUUUUCGUCAUGUAUGUUCUGUAUGUGUCCUCAUUACCUAGGGAUUCUGAAUGAUCAGAGCAGAAAGUUCAUUCUUUUUAGAAAUGAUUGUCAUUUUCCAUUCUCCCAUAAUUGCACUUUUUAUCGUAAUUAUAUACUAUAUUGUAUGAUUGCUGGAUCAA